UCACGUCGUGUCUGUGUGGCAGUCAGUCAAGUUCAGGUAAACGAAACGCAUCAGAGUCGAAUGAAAUGCGAAAAGUGUUGAUGUAAACAAAAGUGUGUCGGCAGUUUUGCUUGAAGCGUGUCUGGUUGUCUCGUCGAAGAAUCCAACAUGUUUUGGCACCUAUUUUUACUCGCUUCGGCGAUUAAAAUGAUGUUCAUUCCUGCCUAUCGGUCGACGGACUUCGAAGUACACAGAAACUGGCUGGCCAUCACUCAUAGCAGGCCUCUGUCCAAGUGGUACCACGAAUCAACCAGCGAGUGGACUCUGGACUAUCCGCCCUUCUUCGCUUACUUUGAGUGGGCUCUUUCCCAUGUGGCUGCCUACUUUGAUCCGGCUAUGCUGAUUGUCACCAAUUUGAAUUAUUCCUCCAUGAGUACGGUGAUGUUCCAGCGCUUUUCGGUGAUUGCUGUCGAUGUGGUUUUUGCGUUCGGAGUCAAAAGAUGUAUAAAUGUGCUGGCCAAAACCAGCGGUCAGCAUGUUAUUGGAUCCGCACUGCUACUGACCAACAUUGGGUUGCUCAUGGUGGAUCACAUUCACUUCCAGUACAACGGAUUUCUUUUCGGAUUCCUGUUGCUGAGUAUAAGUUAUGUACUGACGGGAAAUUAUCUCGCUUCGGCAUUGUUUUUCGCCAUCCUACUGAAUCUGAAACAUAUCUUCAUUUAUGUGGCUCCGGUGUACGUCGUAUUUUUCCUACGAUUUUAUUGCUUCCGCAAUGGUGCGGCACCAAUUAAACUAAUUAAGCUCGGUGCCAUUGCCGGAGGCAUUUGUUUACUUUCGUUCGGUCCUUUUUAUGACCACAUUCCGCAGGUACUCUCAAGGCUGUUCCCAUUCAAGCGAGGACUAACCCAUGCGUAUUGGGCGCCUAAUUUCUGGGCACUAUACAACUUUGCCGACAAAGUUCUGUCGAUUGCACUAGGAAAGAAAUCAUCCACAGCAUCCAGCACUGGAGGUCUCGUGCAAACAUUCAAUCACGAGAUCCUGCCCUCCAUUCCACCAUCGGUGACAUUUGCCUUAUCCGCCCUUUCCAUGCUUCCCACUCUUUACAAACUCUGGACGCUUAAACACUCUCCCACCAUAGGACUGAACUUCAUUCGAGCCAUCACUCUUUGCGCCUGUUCGUCCUUUAUGUUCGGGUGGCACGUGCACGAGAAAGCUAUUCUCAUGGUCAUCAUACCACUCACAAUUCUAUCAAUCACAAACCGAACCGACGCUCGUUGGACUCUUUUCCUCGGCAUCGUUGGUCACUAUUCCCUUUUCCCUCUUCUCUUCAAGUCGGAACUAGUCCUAGUCAAACACAGCAUGCUCGUAGUGUACACCGGAAUCAGCGUAUUGCUUUUCCGAAACAUCCACGGAGGCCAAUUUCUAUCUAUUCCGGAACGGCUCUACCUGUACGGAUUCGUAUUCCUUUCCCUGUUUGAAAACAUAAUUCAUCCUGGCCUAAACCUUAACCGAACGCUACCCUUCAUCCCGCUGAUGGCAACCAGCGUGUACUGUGCGCUGGGAAUCGGCUACUUCUGGCUCGCCUACCAAAGACACUUCCUCGCCCAAACCCCAUUCCAUGCGCCAAAGACAGGAGUUUCGAAGACGAAAAGCAAAUAAACAUAACUCACACUCGCUAGCCAGUUUGCAUCAUUCCCAAAUAUACAUAUAUUUUAGUUUGUGCCACUAACCAACAAGAGCGAUCAGUCCGAAAGCCAAGCUUUCCCCCUAACAGCCAGCAGCGCCUAGCGUCCGCCGCCGCCGACUACUUCCGGUAGCGGUUGAUGCGUUUGUUCGAUGGAC